CUUUCAAAUAUCAAUGUGCCUUCUCUCCCUCUAUAAAUACCAACAAUUCCAACGUCUUCUACUCACAACCAAUAGUGCUCAACACCUUACAGAUUCAUUGUCUUACAAGUAGACUUGAAGGGUGUGAAAAAUGGGAGGUAAGGGGUCAUCAUCAUCUUUAUGCAAUGUAUUCAAAGCAUGUUUCUCAAGUGGAAACAAUGAUGAGUAUUGGGAAGGUAGUGGAGCUGGAAGAAGAAUGUUUGCAAGUGAUGAAGAUAGAGGUUCUUGGGUUGCCGAGCCGGGUGUUGAUAGGAAAGCUUCUGAUUUCAUUGCUAGAUACUACGCCACUCGUGUCACUGACUCUCAAAGCCAAUUUGUUUCUUGAAUUAAUUGCUUUUCUUCUUUGAUUUUCCCUUCAUGCAAUAAGUAGCUCUACUUUCCAUCCUCAAAAUUUUGCUGUUGUCAAUGUAUUAAAGUUUGUCAUUUACAUGUGUUUAGGAGACAGUGUUUAUGUAAGAAUUAUUCUCUCUUGUAAUGUUCCCUUAUUUGGUUGCAGUGAUGUACUGAGGUGUGGAUCAUAUAUUUGUUAUAGGAAAUAAUGCAAUCAUAAUAAUGUAACACUUUAUUCUUCCUUAUUGUGAGAGUUUUGAUUUGUAUGAGACUAUAUUUUUAAGUAUAUAAGUUUAU